GCGCCCAUGGAAGAUCUCGUGAACGACAGCAUGCAAGAGGAUCCUCAUGAAUUAGGAUCUUCAGACAUAUCCAAACACCAGUCAACAAAAUCGAAAGAUUUAUUGAACAUAACUGGACAUCAUGGAAUUACAGAUCAACUCUUGGUGAAUAAGAAGUGUAAGGCAUCAAGAUCAGCUGGACCAAGGAAAACAUUUCGACCACCUCCAAGUUCAAUUUUAUCUGAUGUUAAAAGUUUCCUGCCAAAAAUAGCAAAGGCAAAUGAGGAUUUAAGUUCUCUGCUGACAAGGGUACCUGCCAGUAUGGUGGACAUCGAGAGUGUGUCGGAGGAUACACAGAAUGUGAUAGAGAUGAAUAUUUCCUUAGUGCCCAAUUUGGAAAGUGAAUCUGAUGACUGUGACAGUGAUUCUUCUGACGUAGCCUUCGGUGAAGUGACAGAGGAAAACUUAAAAAUUGUCAAAACAAACUGCAAAGUGCCAAAUGGAAUUGUGGAAUUAGUCUCGUUAUCAGAUAAUGAAGAUGAAAAAACUUGAGUGUAUACCAGAGUAUGAUAAAAUACAAGAAAUUAUUAUCAUGAACAUUUAAGGCUGAGAGGUUGCAUAGAGAAUGUUCUGUUUAAAUGUGAUUUGUUUAUGCAGAUACUUCUUUGAAGACAGAUCCUGACAUCUGUUGUGGCAGGCCCACAUAAACAGUCAUCAGGUACACCCAUAUAAACAGUCAUCAGCUAUGCCCACAUUUUGUCAUCAGGCAUACCGACAUAAAUUGUUUUCAGACACUCCCACAUAACCAGUUGUCAGACACACUCACAAACAGAUGUCAGACAUGCCCACAUAGUCUUUAGUAGAGCUGUGUAUUGCAAGGUCGGUAGCGAUACGAUUCAUAUCGUGAUACAGGGGUAAUGAUACAAUAUGUAUCACGAUAUAUAAGAAACAUGACCUAUCAAAUAUCUAGUAUUCUAUUGUACAGUAGUCAUGUUUGUGUUUGUGGUAUUUCCAGAAUAUUAGAGUCAUUGUCUACAUUUGUUACAAAAGUAUACAUUUUGUCCGUUUCCCACAAAGAGUUUUUGAAUUUAGAUAAUUUGGAUUUGAAAGAACUCCCAACAGGCAGCUUUAUAAGCUGCUGGAACUGCCUUGUCAGCCAUGUAAACUAACAUUGGUCAAGGGAAAUAACUACACAUUUUCAAGUAUCUUGAUACAGAUCAAGGAUAGACGAUGCAUUGAUGCACAACUCUGCGAUUCAGUACAUUGAUGCAUCGAUGAAUCGUUACACCAUUAGUCUUUAGGCAUGCCCACAUAAAGUUGUGGGGCAUACCCAUAUAAAAUGUCUUCAGACACGCCCACAUAAACAGUCAUCAGGCAUGCCCAUAUACAGUCAUCAGAUAUGCCCACAAAAAGUCAUCGGAUAUGCCCACAUAAACCGUCAUCAGACAUGCCCACAUAAACAGUCAUCAGGCAUGCAUAUUGAAGUUGUCAGACAUGCUUAUAUAAUUGAUGUCAGACAUACUUACAUGAAAAGUCAUGAGUAAUGCCCACAUAAAGUCAUCAGGCACAACCACAUCAAGUCUUCAGACAUGCCCACAUAAACAGUCGUCAGACACAACCACAUCAAGUCUUCAGACAUGCCCACAUAAACAGUCGUCAGGCACAACCACAUCAAGUCUUCAGACAUGCCCACAUAAACAGUCGUCAGGCACGACCACAUCAAGUCUUCAGACAUGCCCACAUAAACAGUCGUCAGACACAACCACAUCAAGUCUUCAGACAUGCCCACAUAAACAGUCGUCAGGCACGACCACAUCAAGUCUUCAGACAUGCCCACAUAAACAGUCUUCGGGCACGACCACAUCAAGUCUUCAGACAUGCCCACAUAAACAGUCGUCGGGCACAACCACAUCAAGUCUUCAGACAUGCCCACAUAAACAGUCGUCAGGCACGACCACAUCAAGUCUUCAGACAUGCCCACAUAAACAGUCGUCGGGCACGACCACAUCAAGUCUUCAGACAUGCCCACAUAAACAGUCGUCGGGCACGACCACAUCAAGUCUUCAGACAUGCCCACAUAAACAGUCGUCAGGCACGACCACAUCAAGUGUAGACAUGCCCACAUAAACAGUCGUCAGGCACGACCACAUCAAGUCUUCAGACAUGCCCUUGAAAACAGACAUCAGACACACCCUCAUAAACAGUUGUCAGGCAGUCCUACAUAAAGUGUUUGGACAUGUCCUCAUAAACUGUCGUUGAGCACACCCACAUAAACUGUCGUUGAGCACACCCACAUAAACUGUCGUUGAGCACACCCACAUAAACAGUCUUUAGGCAUGCCCACAUAAACAGUCUUUAGGCAUGCCUACAUAAACAGUCGUUGAGCAAACAUAAUCAGUCGACGAGCAUGCCCACGUAAAUAGUCUUCAGGCACGCCCACAGUGAUCAAAUUAUGAAUACUAUAUGAUCUAAUGGUCAAUGUCUGUAUAUAACUGAAUUUGUUUUUAUCUACAGAAACAGGAUUCAGCAAAAUAAUAUUUUGAUCUUGA